CCAAUCCCGGGGCCCCCACCUCACUCCCUGAUAAAUGAGGAAAUGGAUGAACAGAAGAUCCGAGAACUCAUCAACAAGAUGAUGGAGCUGCUGACUGGAGAGGUUCCUAUAAGGUGUCAGGACGUGGCGGUCUAUUUCUCCAUGGAGGAGUGGGAGUAUGUAGAAGGACACAAGGAUCAGUACAAGGAUCAGGUCAUGAUGGAGGAUCAGCAGCCCCUCACAUCACCAGUCAGAUCCAGUAAGAGAACAGCAGCAGAGAGGUGUCCCCGUCCUCUUCUUCCACAGGAUGAUCAGGGAGAAGAUCUGAACAACAUUAAUGCUCCAGAGACAGAUGUGAGCGGUGAUGAGCAGUAUAAGGAGGACAUUCCUACAGGGAAAGAUCUUAUCUAUAUUAAUGUUACAGACAUAAAGGAAGAAGAGACAGAUGUAAUCUGUGAUGAGCAGUAUAAGGAGGACAUUCCUACAGGAAAAGAUCUGAUCUAUAUUAAUGCUACAGUCAUUAAGAAAGAAAAAGAGACAUAUGUGAGCGGUGAUCAGCAGUGUAAGGAGGACAAGCCUACAGGAAACGAUCUAAACUAUAUUAAUGCUACAGACAUAAAAGUAGAAGAAGAGACAGAUGUGAGCGGUGAUGAGCAGUAUAAGGAGGACAUUCCAACAAGUAACCGCCCCGGUGAGUAGUAACUUCUAAAUAUAGAGAAGAGUCACAGAUUCUACCACCAUUCUGUCUUCUGUCAGAUUGUUACCUCGGCUUUCAAACCAUCCCCC